UGUGAACGUUGCGCUUAUUAGCAGCAGAAAAAAUACAGCGCACCAUUUCCGUCGGCAGCUCCCUCCUCAUUUCUAGGGUUUCUAUUCUCUGAGCAAAUAUGAGUCGUCAUCCUGAAGUUAAAUGGGCAGAGAGGCUUGACAAGGUUUACAUCACAGUGCAAUUGGCUGAUGCAACAAAUGUUAAAGUGAAUCUUGAACCUGAUGGUGUUUUCACCUGUUCUGCGACAGCGGGUGCGGAUGGUUAUGUGUAUGAGAUCAAACUGGAUCUUCAUGAUAAAGUAAAUGUAGAGGAUAGUAAACUAAACACUGGCGUUAGGAAUAUCUUUUGUGUGCUGGAGAAGGCAGAGAAAGGUUGGUGGAAGAAGCUUUUACGAGGGGAUGUCAAAACACCGCACUAUGUGAAAGUUGAUUGGGACAAGUGGGUGGACGAAGAUGAUGAUAACAAUGACACUGGUAAUUUGAACAUGGGUGGAAUGGACUUCUCGAAUUUCGCUAAUAUGGGAGCCAUGGGUGGAAUGGGCGGUAUGGAUAUGGGCGCCUUGGGUGGAAUGGGCGGUAUGGAUAUGGGAGCAAUGGGUGGUAUGGGUGGUAUGGAUGAUGAUCUUGACGAUACUGAUGAUGAAGAACAAGCACCAUUAAGGACUGAGGGCGCAGGGAAAGCUGAUGAGGUUUCUUCGGAGGUCAAAACAGAAGCAGCUCCAUCUACAUGACAGAUUAUAUUGUCGCGCUUUUCAAAGGCUGAGAGAUUGUACGGGUUUGGUUUAUUGAUGGGUUUGGCCUAUUUGUAUGUGCUCUAAUUUUGCCUCCGGGUAGAUAGCCUGGAGAGCAAAUCUUGUUUUUAUCGUUAUGCAGGAUUUAUUUAAGCUCAUGAACCUUUUGGAUGGCUUUUUGUCCACUUUCUAGCUUAAUAUGUUUGUUCUUAUAUUAGGAAAUAUUUGUUAGGUACCACUGUAGCAUCUAUGUAGCGUCCCAGUGAUGUCCGUGUGCUGUAUCUUACUGCUAUUUUCUGUGAUAACCGCCUUAUUCAUUUUUAGGCAGGUGUUGCUAUGUAUGCUCGUUGAUCAACGAAACUUGAUGUUAUGGAACCCAAAUAUCCCAAUAAAAGCCUUCUUUUCGGUAGCC